AACUUCUUUCGGCUACACAAGUUGCGUCGCUUGGGCCUCAGUGACAAUGAAAUCUCGAGGAUUCCUCCUGACAUACAAAAUUUUGAGAACCUCGUGGAACUGGACGUUUCUAGAAAUGACAUUCCGGAUAUUCCCGACAACAUCAAAAACCUGAAGGCACUGCAGGUGGCAGACUUCAGCAGCAAUCCCAUCCCCAGACUUCCAGGCGGCUUCACUCAGCUAAAGAACCUGACCGUGCUGGGCCUCAACGACAUGUCCCUCACCAACCUACCCUACGACUUUGGCUGUUUGGUGAACCUACAGUCAUUGGAACUAAGAGAAAAUUUGCUCAAAGGUCUACCUGAAUCUGUCUCUCAGCUCACUAAAUUGGAGAGACUUGACAUUGGGGACAAUGACAUUGAAGAAUUGCCUCCACACAUAGGUGACUUGCCAGCGCUUCAGGAGUUGUGGCUUGAUCACAACCAGAUAUCUCACCUUCCUCCAGAGACAGGCCGCCUAAAGAACCUUUUGUGUCUUGAUGUCAGUGAAAACCGUUUGGAAGAUGUACCUGAGGGCCUUGCUGGACUUACAAGUCUCACUGAUCUUCAUCUAUCUCAGAACCUCAUAGAAAGCCUCCCUGAUGGCAUAGGAGCUCUCACCAAACUGACCAUCUUUAAAGUGGAUCAAAACCGUCUUAUGGUCUUAAAUCCUAAUAUUGGCAAGUGUGAGAACUUACAAGAACUUAUCCUGACAGAAAAUCUUUUGACAGAGUUGCCAGAGACGAUAGGAAACCUUGCUAAACUUACCAACCUCAAUGUUGAUCGUAAUAGAUUAAAUGAACUUCCAGCUCAAAUUGGUAAAUUGGUAAAUUUGGGUGUUUUAUCACUGCGAGACAAUCGACUCCAGUACAUUCCUCCUGAAACUGGCAACUGCUGUGAACUUCACGUCCUUGAUGUUUCAGGAAACCGGUUGCAGUAUUUGCCGCUGACCAUAACUGCUCUGAACCUUAAGGCUGUGUGGCUUAGUGAAAACCAGGCGCAACCUAUGCUUAAUUUCCAAACUGAGGUCGAUGAGGCUUCAGGUCAAGAAGUUCUUACAUGCUUCUUAUUACCUCAGCAAGAAUACCAACAUGAAAGUCUGGAGUACGCCUGUGGUAUGGCUGGUAGCGAGGGCAGGCUGUACCGCACUGGCGACCUGAGCACCGAUAAUUUGACCGCCAUCGGCCCCGCAGCAAGUGAAUGGGCCCCUGAGGAUGAUGAUAGCUGGGAUCCCAACGACCCAAAUGAAGAGUCUCGAGUUUCAGUCGUCAAGUUCCGGGAUGACGAUGACACUGAAGAGGGAAAAGAGAGUAACUUUGUGCGGCACAAUACUCCACAUCCGCGUGACCUGAAGGCUCGUGCAGAGAAACUCUUUAGUAAGAGUUCCAAAACAGCUGAUGGACCACUUGUAACAGCUGGAGAACUUAUGGAUAAAGGUGAAGUUUUUCGUCCUCAUCGAGCCCCUCCUUCACCACCCAUUCAAGGACAAGCAAAACAAGAAGUGAAGGAAGUUGCUGCAGAUGUAGAACUGCGACCCAAACAUCAACAGAUUGAUGGUGAGAAACAUGUGGGGUUCUCCUUGAAAAGUGGAAAUGCAGAAGCUGUGGAAGAAGUGACUGAGGACCAAGAGCGACCCAUUCGUCUGUACAGAAGAGACACGCCCCAUUACCUCAAGAAUAAGCGUAUAAGCCCGACUACAAAAAGUGCAGAUUUAGAAAAAGUUGUGUCUAUAAUUGCUCAGCCACUGCGAAGUGAAUUGCGCAGACAACAGGCAUUGCAACGUGCCGAGGGCAGUGAAGGAGAGAGUAAUCACGAUCACGCUGCCUCUGAAUCUGAUGCUGAAAAUCAUUCCAUUAUCUCGCUGGAUUAAGAGUUGGUGACAAGCUGUAUAUGGUCAAUGGACACGAUGUGGAAAUCUGUGACCAUUAUGAAGCAGUUAACAUUAUGCGUGAAGCAGGCUCUCAGCUAAGACUUGUGGUUUCCCGUGAAGUAACUAGAAUUGUUCCAGAAAAGAAAAAUUCUAAAGUUGAGCAGCCUGUCGGUAAUCAUGUUAUGGUUGAGGGAGUACAAAAUACCUGUGCUGCUAGUGGACUUUUACAAGAGAGUGAUGUAGAACAGACACCACCAACACAAAUAAUAGCCAACCAUGUGGGCAUGACUAUCAACUCUCAAAGUAAUACAACUACUCUAAAUGGAGAUCAUACAAGUAUAAAUGGAGAUGCUGAACUUGAUGGCGAAAUGGAGCACAAUGACAAAGAGAACUUCCCGACCCAGAUAUUGACGGAAACACUCUACACUACACUCAUGCGGGAUCAUAACGGUUUGGGCUUCAGCAUUGCAGGAGGGAGAGGAGCAGCACAGUUCAAAGAUGGUUCAGAUGCUAUCUAUAUAUCGAGAAUAACGGAAGGUGGAGCAGCUGCUAAGGAUGGAAAACUGCACAUUGGAGACAGAGUUAUAUCAAUCAAUGGUGUUGAUUUGGAGGGGGCUCGGCAUGAUCAGGCUGUGUCAAUGCUUACUGGACUGGAACGUUUUGUGCGUUUAGUAGUUCAUCGUGAAACAUUAGUGCCUCCUGGUCAGGGUACCAGUAACAAUUCUAAAACAUCUCCGCGAGUGUUUGGUGCACCUCGUCCUUAUACUGGCCUAUACAGUGCGGGCUCUUACAUGGCCAAUCGCCCAAGCUACACGGGUUAUAGACGUGCUCAGCCAGGUGGACGGUUAUCAGGCUCAAAUUUAACAGAGACCAACCAUAGUGCUCACAGUAGUCCUGUUGCGUCUCCUGCUACAACAACCAAACAACAGCAACAGCAGCAACUUAGUAGUCUUACAGAUCCAACAGCAUCACCAGCAGUCACCACUGGAGCAACCAUCCCAACUGGCACCACCCAGGUAGCCCCACAUCGACCCCUCACUAAUGAUGAUUUUCAGGCCAUGAUUCCAGAGCAUUUUCUUUAUGGUGGUCGGGGACAAGAUGAGGGUAACUCCUCUGUGCAUGUAACCGUCAACUUGCCAACGGAUCACACCCCCAUGGGUGUGGCUUUCCCACCUCCACCAACCAAGUUAGGAAAGGUCACAGAGACUAUCACCAAAUCUACCCUCACCGAGACAGUAGUAACACGGAUCACUGACAACAAGCUGGCCGCUGUGCCACUUGUGGUUGAGGAAGUUUCAUUAUAUAAAGAUGGAGGACCAUUAGGAUUAAGUAUUAUUGGAGGAUCAGACCAUUUCUGUGUUCCAUUUGGCAUCUCACCAGAGGACCCAGGAAUAUACAUAUCAAAAAUCACAGCAGGUGGAGCAGCCCACAAAACUGGAAAACUUCGGAUGGGUGAUCGUAUCUUAGCAGUCAAUGGUACUGACAUGACUGGAGCUUCACAUGAAGAGGCUGUUAUGGCACUUCUUAAUCCACCCAAUGAAAUCAUACUUUCAAUUCGACAUGAUCCACAGCCUAAAGGACUCCAGAUCCUUUCUGCGAGUCAAGAGCUUUCUGUCCAUGAGGUAAUCAUCAAAAAAUUAGUGGGCGAAAGACUGGGAAUGAACAUCAAGGGAGGUGUUCAAGGCUCUCCAGGCAACCCUUUAGACAAGUCUGAUGAGGGAGUAUUUAUAUCUAAAGUAAACUCCAGUGGGGCAGUUCACAGAGAUGGUAGAUUAAAGGUUGGUCAGAGAGUGUUGGAAGUAAAUGAACACUCUUUGUUGGGGAUUACUCAUGAAGAAGCUGUAAAUGUUAUGCGUACUGCAGGCUCCACCAUCAGACUAGUAGUAUGUGAUGGCUAUGACUACCAUCUAGUACAGCAGAUGAAGAAUGAGGGACGAUUGGGCCAUGAGUCUCGUAGUACCAGUCAAAGUGUUACUUCUCUUGACAAGGAGGAUCGUGGCAGUCACCCUACUCAACAUGAAGAUGUGUUCCCACUACCUGAAGAAGCACCAGUUGAAACCUCAAUAGAGCAAUCAAGUUGUACUGAGUCAUCAUCACAACAGUCUUCCCAAGCAUCACCCUCCCAGCCUCCACCAUCCCAACCUUCACAACCUCAACCAGUAUCCAGACCACACAAAAGUGAUCGGCUUCUCACACCUGAACCCAAUUGGGACAUAAGUUUGAACCUAAGAAGUAGCACCCCAGACACUGAUGAUGAUGUGAGUCGUGACAUUCCUCUUCCCCCACACCUCUCUGCGCCUGCCCUGUCUGAUACACCCAAGGAUAAAUCUGCACCAGAAAUUGUAAUGGAUGUUGUUAGAGUAGCAGAACAGCUUACGUCCCGCCCUGCAUCCCAGAAUUCUGCUGUAAUCCCUUCUUCACCACAUGAACGAAAAAACCCAGCAGAAAGUAAAACCACCACAGUUGUUUUGGGCAAGCAUACCUUAGCUCCACAGACUAGUACACCGAUCGCCUCAGCACGUGCCAGUACCAAUGGUGGUGAUCUGAGCCACACUGCAUCACCUGUUUCCCCUUCCUCUUCAUCUCACACCCCUACACCCCUCCCUAUCUGCGCUCUUGAAGGCUCAGCAGAAGACUUGGUGCAGUUACAAGCAUAUGGAUUGGGUCAUACUAACAAAAAAUUCAACAGGGUCAAGGUAGAAAAAUCCACUACCGAAAGCCCUAAAAAGAUGACAUUAAAAGAUAGAAUGAAGUUCUUUGAAGAGGAAAUGAAGAGGGAUAAAAUUGGGCCUCCUAAAGAGAACAAGAAGUUCUCUUUCCUGAGCCAGGAUGAAGUCGCCAAGAUGAAGGAAGAUGAAGAUCGACGAGUAGCAGGCAUGACAGCAGAAGAGCUAGCCAACCUUUCACGUUUAGAUGAUGUUGAGGAAAUGGCAGAUGACUUGGCACAGCAGUUUGGUGUGAACAGUGAAUAUGAUCACCGGAAGUACAACGACCAUGACCUUAAGGAAGGACUAAGAGAAACAAAUGAUAAAGAAGAAACAAAAAGAUCCAAUGGUGAAAGUGGAAUAAUUCGAACGGCAAAGGCAGAAAGAAGAGCACAGGCAAGGGAAGGACAAGUUAAGGAGGAGGAGGAAGAAGAGCAACUCUCUCCCGCAGACAAACGAAGAGCUGAGGCAGAAAAGAGAGCUGCCUGGAGGCAAGCCAGACUUAAAAGUCUUGAGAAUGAUGCAUUACAAGCACAGUAUGUCAUAGAGAAAUACUGCGAACUGUCUGACACAACAAAUGGUGGAGACUUGCCGAGAGACUUUAAUGACACUCUCUCUGACUGAUGCAGAGAAUGCUAAUUUAGAGCCAGAAAAAGUUUUCACUAGUAUAGAGAUGGAUGCAGGAGAACAAGAAACUAGAAUUACUGAUGAACAGUUUGUAAGUGAAGAUAAAGUGGAUGUUAACAGAGGGAAUGUUAAAC